AUGGCUGUGGCACUUUUUGUGGUCAUGUUGUAUUGUUCCACCUGGCUGCUCUCCUCUGCAAGUGAUUCAAAACUGAGGUAUGACAGCCAAGCUUAUGAGCUGCUCCCUCCUAUGCUCAAGGAGCUGUCCGAGCCCCCGGUUUGGAGAGAAGGAACGCCAGUUCACCAAUCAGUCGCCAUCAAGUAUAUGAAAAAGCUCUACAAGAUGUCAGCCACCAAGGAGGGUGUACCCAGGGUACACAGGAAUGCUGAAUACAACACCGUGAGGAUGUUCACGCCAAACACUGAGUGUAAACCAGGCUCAAAACUGGAAACAAAAGGACAUACGAAAUACCAGGAUUUAACUUUCAAUGUUGACAGUGUAUCUAUCUUGGAGCAGAACCUUCGAUCUGUCUUGCUUUACUCUGUUAACAAACAAUAUUCGUCAAAUAUCACCUGUGUUUGUACCCUGGAAAUCUACAAUGGUGAAAUUACAGGUCCGAUCUGCCCUAGAGUCCCCCACACUUUUGAAUUCCAACUCCGGAAGAGGCAAAGAUGGGUUGAGAUUGAUGUAACUACUUUCCUUCAACCAUUUGUUUCAAGCAGGCAAAUUAUUCAUCUGUCCGUUAAUUUAACAUGCCUUUGGGACAAGCAGCACUAUAUUUUUGGGAUUAUGGGACCAUUACAGAUUACAAGAUCUCCCCCAUGUCUACUUCUGUACUUAAAUGACACAAGCAACAAGGCCUAUCACAGACGAAAAAUGCAUGUGGAACCCCUAAACUGGUCUGGACACAUUCUUUCACACUUAAAAGAUCUACCAGAAGAUGUACCAACAACCAUAGUGUCUCGCCAUCGUAGGGGACAAGAUGUUGAAAUCGCAAGCCCACCUCAUGAAUCAAUGGCAUACAAUUUCACUAAGCUUUUCAAGGAAUUUGUAUACCAUCAAAAUGAAUGUGAACUUCACAAGUUUCGACUUGGCUUUCGUCAACUGAAUUGGGACAAAUGGAUACUAGCACCACAUCGGUACAGUCCAGAUUACUGUAAAGGAGAUUGCCCUAGGGUGGUUGGCCAUAAGUAUGGCUCUCCAGUGCAUACCAUAGUUCAAAAUAUAAUCUAUGAAAAGGUGGAUUCAUCAAUUCCUCGCCCCUCUUGUGUCCCGUCUGAAUAUCGACCUAUGAGUGUACUGACAAUUGAACCUGGUAACUCUAUUGCUUAUAAAGAGUAUCAAGAUAUGAUUGCAACUAGAUGUACAUGCCGUUAA